CACGCGCGCGGGUGACAGGACGGGGGGACAUAACGGGAUCGCAAUAAUGACGGGAGCCCUGCACCGGGGCAGAAAGGUGUGUGUGUGUGUGUGAGUGCAGGGGUUAAAGAGCAGUGUGCGUCUCAGAGGAGUUUUUAGGCAGAAGAGUGGGUGUGUGAGAAGUGAUCACAGAGAUUCCUAAUUUGAGGGGAAAUAAACAGGAAGUCUCAUGUCUGCGUGAUGUUUGUUUGAGGAAAAAAGUCACACAAACGUCUCCUUCAGUCGCCACAAUCUCAGAAAAGUCUCCCAAAGUUAUGUGCAGCCAAGUGCUCAUCGCAACUUCUGAGCGAACAGAAGUUGAGAUCAACAAGUCGGGAAACUUCUCAAUAACAAACGUUGUUUAUACCUUCUCAUAAUCCAGAUUCUCUCAUAAUCCCAUUGUCAAUCCUCUGCCUUAUGCUAAUGAUAAUCUCACACUGUGCUGCUCUGAUGUUUGUGCGGACCGCUCUUUGGUUUAAAGGUGCUAACCCUCCAACCUUCGCUGUCAACACAAGUGGCUUUCGGAAUAAUGGUCGUUUGAUGCUAAUGCUGUGAGAGUCAGAUUAUGUUAUAAUACCCAGCUUUUCAACACACACACACACACACACACAUCCUUCUCACUUGACUUUUAUUGCAUUACGGUCUGUUUUUGCCUGAUGAAACUAAUCUUUUGUUCGCAGAUAAACUGGGGUUCAGAAUUAAAAGCACAUUUAGUGAUUGAAGCGGGGAAAAAAGAUAACAACAGCUAGGAGGAAUUAAAAAUUUAAAGGAUUACAACGCAAAAGCAGAAUGCACAGAGAUAAAUGUGGGGAUUACAAUGAUUUAGGAGGAGAGCACUUAAAACUCCUGCUUUCCAGUAAUGCACUCCAUCACUGGACGUGUGUGUGUGCGUUCGAGUGUGUGUGUGUUCAUACGUGGACGUAUGUGCGAGAGUGACAGGAGCAGUAUCUUGUGUGUGUUGAGCGCCAGUCUCUCGGCGGAGUCGAGAGUGUGUGUGCGAGUUGCCAGUGAAUGUGCGCUUCAAGUCUUCGGUGGUCGUGAUGCUUUCCAUUCCUGCGUCUCUGAUGUCUUCCAAGCGACCAGCCUCUCCAUAUGGGGGGACAGAUGGAGAGGUAACUAUGGCAACCAGCAGACAGCGAAUGGAGGAAGACGAAAGUGAAGGACUGGGCGGUGUCAUCCACCUCCCCCUGGCCUCCUACUGCAGCAAGGUGUCCCCUCGCUCGCCCCCCAGCCGUAACUUGGACAGCCCCACCAACACAGAGCAGGACGGCUCAAAGGGGAACUCGCUCAGUCCAUACACCCCACACAAUGCUACCUCACCAGGAAAAGAAGAUGGCGGAGGAGGGGGGCGGCUGGGUGGCGACGGAGGUUCUGCCACAGGCACACUGGGGACCCCAGAGAGACGCAAGGGCAGUCUGGCAGAUGUAGUGGACACACUGAAACAACGCAAGAUGGAGGAGUUGAUCAAGAACGAGCCAGAAGAGCCCCCCAGCAUUGAGAGGCUGUUGUCAAAGGACUGGAAGGAUAAACUUUUGGCCAUGGGCUCAGGGCACAUCGGAGAAAUCAAAGGUACCCCAGACAGUUUGGCGGAGAAAGAGCGCCAGCUUAUGGGCAUGAUCGGCCAGUUGAGCAGCCUGAGGGAGCAGCUCCUGGCAGCGCACGAGGAGCAAAAGAAGCUGGCCGCCUCGCAGAUGGAGAAGCAGCGGCAGCAGAUGGAACUGGCCAAACAGCAGCAAGACCAGAUUGCGCGACAACAGCAACAGCUCCUGCAGCAGCAACACAAAAUCAACCUCCUGCAGCAGCAAAUCCAGCAGGUCCAGGGCCAAUUGCCUCCGCUGAUGAUCCCAGUCUUUCCUCCAGACCAGAGGACUCUGGCGGCCGCCGCUGCCCAGCAGGGUUUCCUGAUGCCCCCUGGCUUCAACUACAAGCCUGGCUGCAGUGAUCCAUACCCACUUCAACUCAUCCCCACGACGAUGGCCGCUGCUGCGGCUGCCACACCGGGCCUGGGGCCCUUGCAACUCCAGCAGUUGUAUGCAGCGCAAUUGGCGGCUAUGCAGGUUUCCCCGGGGGCCAAGCAGCACGGAGGUGGCCUACCCCCCCAGGGCAACUUGGGCACACACUCCCCACCCAGCAACACACACUCACAGAGCGACAAGACCAGAACGUCCCCACCACCAAACAAGACCAAGGACAGUGAGGGUGCACAGCCACUGAACCUGUCGGCCAAGCCUAAGGCAUCCGAGAGCAAGUCACCCAACUCCCCCCCAACUUCCCCACAGGUCCCUGCUGCUGCUGCCGCCACCAAGCUGGGUCAAGUGGGCUCCAUGAAGCACGGCGGUGUCCCCUCCAGCAUCGGAGGAUCUCAGAGCAGAGUCAGCUCAAUAGCAGACUUGCUGUCCUCGUUGUCCUCGGGCGCGUACCUGAAUGACCACGAGGCCGUGACCAAGGCCUUCGCUGAGGCUCGCCAAAUGAAGGAGCAGCUGAAGAGGGAGCAGCAGGUGCUGGACGCCAAGGUGGCCGCCGUCAGCAACCUCAGCCUCAACAAUGGACGCUCCGACAAGGACAAGGCGGCCCUGGAGAGUCUGAGUCAACAGCUGAAGCAGCAGGCAGAGGACAAGUUCAACCACGCCAUGCUGGACUUCACCAUGAGUGGAGACUCUGACGGCUCCCCGAGCGUGUCAGACUCCAGAAUAUUCAGAGAGACUCGGGGUCGCGGCAGCAGCGAGCCGCACAUCAAACGGCCGAUGAACGCCUUCAUGGUCUGGGCCAAGGACGAGCGGAGAAAGAUCCUGCAGGCCUUCCCCGACAUGCACAACUCCAACAUCAGCAAGAUCCUCGGCUCCCGCUGGAAGGCCAUGACCAAUCUGGAGAAGCAGCCGUACUACGAGGAGCAGGCUCGCCUCAGCAAGCAGCACCUAGAGAAAUACCCUGACUACAAGUACAAGCCACGGCCCAAACGCACCUGUUUGGUGGACGGCAAGAAGCUGCGCAUUGGCGAGUACAAAGCCAUCAUGAGGUCCCGUCGGCAGGAAAUGAGACAAUACUUCAGCGUGGGGCAACAAGGUCAGCUACCCUUGUCCUCAGCGGGCGUCGUCUACCCAAGCGCUCUGUCCGUGGCAGGAAUGCCGUCCCCCCAGAUGCCCUCAGAGCACUCAAGCAUGUCCAGCAGCCCGGAGCCCAACGCCAACCACCACCACACCACCAAUAUGCCUGGCCUGAAAGGGGACGAGCCUCGUAUAAAGGAGGAGGACCUACGGUUGGACGAUAGCAACGGCGAUGUGUACGACGACUUCGACUACGAGGACGAAGAGGCCGAUUACGUCAGCGAUAACGAGAAUCACAUCACCCAAUAGAAUGCCGGAACAACUUUAACCCCAAGCAAAGCAGGUUUAAUGCCAUGCUACCCAAAAAGCCACCAACCAGGAACGCCAACUUUUGCCAACUCCUAGAAACCUCCCCUUUUUCUUAAAGACUCUGAGGGCAGAGCAGAACCUUAACCCCACCCACUGGAGUCCUGAUACCAGCAUCGGACCAAUCAAACGAAGCACAGGGCCUGUCAAUCACACUGACUGUUACACAGGUUUGGGAGGGAGGACUGGAUCUAGUCCCAAACCACCGAGAGGGCAAAAGUGAGGCAGCGUGAGCAGGAAUCAUUUCGCAACAUUUGAAAGCGACAGAAAGAGCAGUUGACCUGUCGCACAUCGACAGGCAGAUGACACUUUAAGAUGGUGGACCUGUUUGUUAUCAAGAGACACUUUUAAGCUUACAAACAGCUUUUUUUUUUGUUCUUGGUUCUAUAAUAUUCUCACUCAGGUACACGGUGCCAAUAAGUGGCUUGUGAAUGUGAUUUGUUGUUUUUGUGCUACGAGUUUGAAUAAUAAUAGAAAAAAGAGACAUUUCUUUUUUCCCUUUUUGUUGUAAAGCACCUGGAGGACAUCAGACGUGUUUAUUUUUAACAAAAAGACGUUUUUCCUCAAAAGAAAAGACGAAAAAAAAAACAGACCUCGCUGCCCAAAACCCCUUUUUGUGACCACCUGCUCUUUCGCUGUCACCCCUUUUUAAAGGAACCUGACGGUCCAGCCAGGACUGCCCGCAGCCUGGACCGUUCCGCUUCGAGAGGCGGUUCAUUACAGAGCAGAAAGUUAAGCACUGUGUUGUGAGACAAUCCACCUUAUCCAUUUCUGCUCUGUCCCGUGGCAAAACGACAGUCUGGAGACAGUUUCAAUUUAUGUUGAUGUUUAUUCAUUUUAAGCGAGAUAAACACUGACAUGACAAGAGGCUACAUCCACGCAGCAGGGCUUCUGAGAAAAGUAUUUAUGUCAUUGAAAAACUGGAUCCAGAUUUGUUUUUUAACAAGGCAACAGGCCAUUAACUGAAAUGAAUUGUAAAAGAUGUCAAAUGUCAUUUGUCAUUUUGUUGAACAUCAACGGUUCAUGCAUCAUUGUAGCAAGUCAGAGACCACAGUUCUCAUUGGAAAAAGGACAGAAUGUCCUGUCGAGGCUUGAGAUGAGCUCCUUCCCCAUGGGAUGGGAUUUGAGUAUCCCGUGUCACUAUUAACCCACAAAGUUGGGCAUCUGGACUCAAAAGACAAACUCAAUCACCCAAGAAAAAAGAACCGAAGCUGCUCCACAAUGAGAGAAGCCAGUUAAGGUGGCAAGGGUAUCUUGUCAGAAUGUUGACCUGGGGUAAACACUGUACACCUUUCGUAAUUCCUCAAGAAAAGGUGCAGGAGGUUUCUGCAGAGAGAGACAUGUGGCACUCUUCAGUUUCAAUAGUCCUCUCAAGAGAAGGACGGAGGAUCUCAUUUUCUCUGACUACACCUGGUUUAAAACCAGCAUGCUGUAAGGAGCUAAAUCAGAAAAGCAAAAAAUGUAAUCCAAACCCUGUUUUUUACCAAACUAAGAUUAAUGAAGAACACUUUCAAAAAUCAGCUACGUGGAUGUAGCUUGUUGUACUCAACCCUUGUUUGACUACAACCUGCUGACCCCUAAGGGGCGGAGCGGACUCAUUCAGCCAGUCAGUGUUUCUGUUUGUAUUUAAAUACUGUAUUUUAUCAUUUCUCUUCAAACUGCCUCUAGUCUGAUAUUAUUAACAUAAAUAUAAGGAGGUUUUCCUAAGUUUAGUAAGUUAUGUACAGUAUAAUUUAUUUUUUCCUCUAUAUCAAGUUUUUAUGAAAUAAUAAAACAUUAUUCUAGCUGGUAGAUAGUUUUUUUUUUCUUCCCCGUAUUAAUUUGACCCCCUUUCACUGAAUAAGUUUGACCUCUCCGGAGAGCUGGCGAAUGGAGUUAGGUCAGCGAGCUGGACUUGACGCGGCCCUCCUCCGAGCUGAAGACCUUUAUAAAUGUCCGAAACCCAUUUCUGAAAAAGCACUCAGACUCCGUGUGGUCAGAUGAACAGAAGAACAUGAUUUAUCAUUUGUUGUUUUUUUGUAAUUAUUAUCAUUUUAAAUGUGAAGUUUAUUAUUUUAUUUUCCUUUAUGAAACCUGUUUACUACUUCGGUCGUCUCGCUGACACAGUGGAAUAUCAUCGGUGUGAACACACACACAUUUUAAUGAAGAGAUUAUGACAUCCAACCAAAUCAUAUGCUGUCUUGUUCUUGUACAUAUCUGAUAUCUUUUUUUUUCUUUUGUUUUUUUUUUGUUCAGAAAGCAGUGUUUCCCGUGAUCUACCCAGGAUGUUCCACUGUGUGUGUGCGUGAGAUAGAUGAGUGUAUCUGUGUGUGUGGGAGGGACGACCAUGAAUAUCUUUAAACUUAUCAGGAGCAGUUUGCUUUGUUUGAGCUCCACGUGAUGCUUCAGGAGCCAUGACUACUCUUCAGGUGCGAUGUUUGCCACACAAUGAGCCUCUUCAUUUUGCUGUAAAGUUGCCCCGUCACCACAACAUGACUCAAAAACGAUGCUGGACAGACGGGUUCCAUUUGAAAGACAUUUGUGGGAGUUGGAUGACGUCAAUCGCCCCUGCUGGCUAGGUCUGUCCCCAUGUAUCCAGACAAUGAUAAUAAUAUUAUUUAAGACAAUCAAAGUCAUGAGUGGAGCUCAAAACAAAGUGAGAAUUAUUAAAUAAAUAUCUUAACAUCUCAACUUGAAAAAUCAAGAAAGAUAAUUAUGUAAAUAUAACAUAGAGUUAUAGAUUUAUAUUUUGUUCAUAACACAGUGUAAUAUAAGUUGUAUAUUUCUUUUUCUCUCUCUCUCCCCCUGUCUCUUUUAUUGAUGUUAUUCAUGCCACAGAAAAGUUGGGAGUCGCAGAACUCGCACAAAAAAAUAUGAAGAAAAACAUUGAUGAAAUAAAGAAAAAAACAAGCCACGAGCUGCCACCACCAUCUGUUCCAAGUUCACUUUUUUUCAGUAUUACUGCCAGCCAAGGCUCUAAUAAAGACAGCAAUGUGUUCGGUACAAACUUGUUGGUGCUG